GUGGAGGUCACAGCUCUCCCCAACUUUGAGGAGAGAGAGGAGGACUUCAAGAGCCAGGUAGCACGGCUGAGGGAGCGGUUUCAAGACUCGGUGGCGGAGGGGCGGCUGGCGGGGGACCGGCGGGGGGUGGUGCCGGCAUCGGGGUUCCCGUUGAGCGUGGCGGAGAUGUGGCGCGUGAUCCGCGAGAACAAGGACCUCGACCUGCCCGCCCACAAGGUGAUGGUGGCGACGGUGCGUUGCGAGCAGAUUGCAGCGGAGAAGCUCACCCAGCUGCAGGAGAGCGAGGAGUGGGUGGAGCUACAGGCAGCAGUGGAGGCGGGCAAAGAGGCGGAGCACUUCGGUGGGCGGGCGAAUGAGCUCGCAGCUAGUGCUCUCGCCACGUACGAUGCGGAGGCGGCAUACUUCGAGGAGGGAGUGAGGGACAGCAAGCGCCAGUUCCUGCUCAAAGGCAUGAGCGCCCUCAUCCGCCCAGUGCACACGGCAGUGGUGGCGGCGGCAGCUGCUCGCUGCUUCGAUUCCUUCAAGAAGGACCUGGACGACGCCACAGGGGGGCGAGAGGGCAGCGCUGCCUCCUUUGCCAACUGCUCUGCUGCCUGCCUGCAGGCUGCUGCUGUCUCCUUUGACUCCGAUGUUGAGGACGCUGACGUGGCGCUGUUCAAUUGGUUGGUGGAGGACGUGACGGCGAAGCUCAUGGCUGAUAUGGAGUCCCACGUGGCGUCGCUGCGAUCGCAGAAGCUCAAACAGAUUGUCACGGAUGCAGAGGCGUCCCUGUCAGAGGCAAUCUCGGAGCCCAUAGCAGCGCUGCUAGAGGCAGUGACGGACAACACGUGGCGGGACAUCCGGGCCGUGUUCUUCCACCAGCUGGACGCCGCGUGCAGUGACGUGGAGCAGGCCGUGGCGGGGUUCCAGUUGGGGGACGACGAGCACACGCGGCUGAAGGGCGCCGUUGAGAUGGCGGGGAGGAAGGUGGUGGAGGAGCGGGUGAAGAGGGAGAGCCAGCACGCGCUGUCGCUCAUGAAAGACAGGUUCUUCACGGUGUUCUCACAGGACGACCAGGGUCUGCCACGCAAGUGGACGGAGGGGGACGACAUCAAAGCCAUUGCCUUGGACGCUCGCAAGGCGGCGCUGAGGCUGCUGGCAGUGGUGGCGGCGAUGCGCCUGGACACGGUAGACGACUCCAUCGAGCCCACUCUCUUGUCUCUUCUGGGGGAGGCCGCACCUGGGGAGGGCGGCGACUCGUCUCGGACCCAGGACGGGGAGUCGGGGGAGGGGGACGGGGAAGUAGAAGGGGAAGGGGAAGGGAAAGGGGAAGGGGAAGGGGAGGGGAAGGCAGGGAGCAGGAGAGUGCAGCGGGUAUUCACGUCGGCAGGGCUGCUGGCUGCUAGCAAGUGGGAGAAGGUCGCCCCUGACUGCACGUUCCUGACGCCCGGGCAGUGCCGAGCGCUGUGGGGCAAGUUCAAGGCGGAGACUCAAUACGUGGUGGCGCAGGCCAUGCAGACGCAGGAGGCGAGUCGGCGCAACAACACAUGGCUGCCCCCUCCAUGGGCCAUCCUAGCCAUGGUGGUGCUGGGAUGGAACGAGUUCAUGGCUGUGCUCAGGAACCCCGUGCUGCUGCUACUGGGAGUGUUUCUCUUCUUCAUCGGGCGGGAGGUCAUGUCGCAGCUGGACCUGGGGGGCAUGUUCGACAACGGCCUCGUUCCUGGCCUCAUCACCCUUGCAGCGCGGGCAGGCCCCAUCAUCAUCUCCGUGCUGCGGCGCCUGGGCGAGCAGGCAGAGGCAGCCCUGAGCGCCCACAACGCCCCUGUGCCGGGGCCACUGCGGCCCAACUGGCGCAGCGAGGGGGACGAGGAUGGGGGCGAUGUGGCUAUGCGGGAUUUCAGCGCGGGGAGCAAUGGGGAGGAGGGGCUGAGGCAACGAGGGAGCAGACGGGAGGGAGAGGGCAGGUGA